AUGGACCUCGAGACCUAUCACAAUAAAGAUCAAAUCAAAGUUGUUGAGCGCUUCUUCGAUCUACCUUUGGAUUAUAAUACCCCGACUGGAGAGAAGAUUCGUGUGUUUGCCAGAAAUCUAAUUCCAAAAAACAAAGCCAAAACAGAGAAGGAGGAAAAAGAUCUGCCAUAUUUCUAUCACAUAUCAGGCGGGCCUGGAUUUGAAGUAGGUCUCAUGGGGAGCUCAGGGUUUGCGGGUGAGAUCCACGCAGAGGGAUAUCAGACACUCUGGCUCGACCCUCGCGGAACCGGAUUGAGCACGCCAAUAUCAGCAGAUACCCUACCUGCUCGCCUCAAAUCAGACCAAGACAUUGCAGACUAUUUGAAGCAUUUCCGAGCUGAUAGUAUUGUUAAAGAUUGUGAAUCCAUUCGCGAAAUUCUCAUAGGCAACAAGCCCGAGGAGGAAGACAGGAAAUGGACUAUCAUGGGACAGAGUUUCGGUGGAUUCUGUGCCAUCACGUACCUGUCUUUCUAUAGUAAAGGUCUGAAGGAGGUUUUCAUUACCGGAGGUCUGGCUCCACUUAUCGACCAUCCGGAUCCGAACUAUGAGUGGACUGUCCGAAAGGUCAUCAGUCGAAACAAGAUCUACUAUGAAAAAUAUCCUCAGGAUAUCGGUCGAGUCAGGGAGAUCGCCAAUUACCUCGAAGAGAACAAAGUUGUUCUGCCUAGUAGCGGGAAUUUAACAGUGCGUCGCUUUCAACAGCUUGGAAUAGACUUUGGAAUGUCAGGUGGCAUCGACCGAGUGCAUCAAACCGUCUUCCGAGCAGCGAAUGAUCUAGAGCUUUUUGGGAAGUUUUCGUACAAGACAUUGCAAAACAUCGAACAUAAUCAGUCAUUUGAUGGAAAUCCUAUAUACGCCAUCUUGCAUGAGCCUAUCUAUUGUCAAGGCAAAGCGUCCCGAUGGUCUGCGGACCGCAUUGUACAAAAAAAUCCUCAAUUCUCAUGGGCGCAUGUCAAAAAACUUUCUGCGAAUGAGCCUAUUUAUUUUACCGGAGAAAUGAUUUUCCCGCAAAUGUUUGAUGACUACGCCAACCUACGCCCUCUGAAAGGCGCUGCUGAACUUCUAGCUCAGGAUGUGUCUUGGGGACCUCUAUAUGACUUGCAGCAACUAGCAAAUAAUGAAGUUAAGGUUUCAGCCGCUACGUAUGUUCCAUUUGAGCUUUCGCAAGAAACAGCAGGCAAGAUCCACAACACGGAGCAAUAUAUCACAAAUCAGUUAUUCCAUAGUGGAAUUCGGGAAGAUCCCAAAGAUGUGAUAAAACGACUUUUCCAGUUAUCGAGACGGGAAUUUGCGUGA